AUGUUGAAAUUUCACGAAUGUCUUUCAUCUCUUACUUCUGCUAAAUGUGACACCUGUUUAGAAAGAUUUCCAACUCUAUCAGUCACCUCUCAGCCAAAUGGUAUCAAUGAGUGCAGUAGAUGUGCUCAUGACAAGAGUAUUCCCAAAAGGUACUCCAGUGCAAACAACAUGGACCCUGGACCAGUACCACUACAGUUGCAGAGCCUCAGUCAAACAGAGGAAAUGCUGAUAUCUGCUGUAAUGCCUGUUAUGUCCAUUUACAGGUUACCUCAUGGACAAUAUGGCUACAGUGGCCAUGUCAUUAAUUUUCCUCAAGAUGUACAUGGUUUUGCUACCACAUUACCCAGACUGCCAUCUGAGGUAGAUAUUCUGGUUGUUCGGAAGGAAAAGGAACAGACUCAUAGAGACUUUCGUGUCCGUAGGAGAGCUGUGGAAGAAGCCCUUACAUGGUUGCUGGCUAAUAACAUCUAUUACAGGAGUAUUGGAGUCAGUGUAGAUCAGAACACAUUGGCCAGUUUACCUGAAGAUGGAGAUCUUACUGACCUUCGCACAGUUCAGCCUGCAGAGUCUCAGGGAGAAGUAACACCAGAUGACGUUAGUACUGAAGAACACUAUUCAUCAUCAUUUGUACCUAAUGCUGCACCACCAGCUACUGAGAGGGAAACCAUUGAGCAAGCAGUACAAUCCUUAGGACAGCCACAGUCAUCUCAUCUCAUGUGGCCAAGCAUUGGAGGAACUCCUAUCAAUGAGUUCCAGACUGAGGGAUACUUCUCAAUGGCAUUCCCUACUUUAUUUCCUACUGGUGCUGCAGACUUCAAUGGUAUACGUAUGAAUUCAGUCACAGUUGGUAAUUACUUCACUCACCUCAUGAAAUAUGACGAUGGGAGAUUCGCUAAGCACCCUCGGUUCCGUUUCUUUGCUCUCAAUACUGAGAUGAGAUGGCGUGCUAAUGAAACUGGGCGAAUUUACAUCAGACAACAUCCUGGUGAAGCUCACCUUACUGUAGAUGAUCUUCGUGACAUGAUUGGUCGUGAAGGAGAAUCAUUUUCAAAUAAAGUCGUUCAUUAUGGAGCAAGUCUACGUGGUACCAGGCAGUACUGGUUUAGAGAGAGGAACCAUCUCAUUGCUAUGAUUGACACUCUAGGACUGCCCACCAUCUUCUUCACUCACAGUGCUGCUGAUCACCAGUGGCCUGAGUUAGCUAGCCUCAUCUGUCCUGAAGAUCCAGACAAUAAGCAAGCUCGUGUGAAAGCUGUUAUUGAUAACCCUGCUUUAGCAGACUGGUUCUUCUACUAUAGGAUCCAGAAGUUUGUUGAUGCUUUUUAUAUCCAUACUCUUAAAGCCACAGACUACUGGAUGAGGUUUGAGUGGCAACAUCGUGGUAGUCCUCAUGUACAUGGACUAGCUUGGCUACCCAAUGCUCCUAAUGUUGAGGACCUUCUCUCAUCAUCACCUGAUCUUGUGGAGUCAACUAAACAAGAGAUCAUUGAGUACGCUGACAAGAUAAUCUCUACCAUCAAUCCUGCUGUCCUUCCUGAUGGCAGUAAUGUCAGUGAUGCUCCACCACCUAAAGUUGAUCCACAUAUAUGCAACAAGCCAUACUCAGAAGUAACAGAUUUAGAGGAAGACCUGACUGAUCUAAUAGCCACGUGCCAACGACACACUCGCUGUUCAGAGUCCUACUGCCUACGUACACGUAAUGGCAAGCAAGAGUGUCGAUUUGGAUAUCCUAAAGAUCUUCAGGCACAGACCAACAUCAACAUCACAGAGGAGGAGCCUCUUUAA